AUGUUCAGCGCAGAGGGUAAAGCUGUGAGUACAUUCAGCAUACCGACAGCUUGGGCACGGGGUGUGGCGGUCAGCCCGACCAGCGGGAAUAUUCUCAUUGUUGAGAACGAGAACCAGUCCGUGAUGACGUUUACACCGUCUGGAGAACUCGUUCACUCGUUCCACAGUGACCACUUCUCUUCAUGCUACGGAAUCGCAGAGGCAAACGACGGGAGAAUUUUAGCUGUCGACUACGCAGAACAUUGCGUCGCCAUGUUUGAAUCAGACGGAACGUUCAUACGAAAUAUCGGCAAACGUGGCGAUGGGGAAGGCGAAUUUUACCGACCGUUUUUCAUCGCCAUGACCAAGUCUGAUGGGUUUGUCGUGUCUGACUCGUAUAACCACAGACUUCAAACUUUCAACAAAGAUGGCCAUUUUGAAAGAGCUUUUGGCCAGAGGGGCGAGACAAAUGCAGAUUUUGAGCUCCCCUUAGGGGUAGGGGUUGGGGGACGAGGGGAAAUCGUUGUGGCAGACAGGGAUAACCAUAGGUUACAGGUGGUUGAUACUAACGGAAGUCACGUGACCACGAUUGCUAAUGAUGACGGCAGAUUGGAUAGUCCCGCCAACAUCGCCGUGACGUAUGAUGGGCAUGUUUACGUCAUCAACGGCAAGGAUAAGUCGGUUGAUAAGUUCAAAUACAACUAA